AUGACCAUGGCCUUGUCGUGCAAAAACAAGGUCCCAUUCAUCAAUGGAAGUAUUCUGAAAGCUUCCACAGGAAACCUAGAUAUAUAUCUCACCUGGGAAAGGUGCAACAAUAUAGUAUCCACUUGGAUUGUGCGCACCCUUUCACCAACAAUUGCACGCAGUGUGUUGUGGAUUGAUACUGCAUAUGGUAUCUGGAAUGACCUAAGAAGGAGAUUUAGUCAGCAAGAUCUGUUUCGGAUUGCUGAAAUUAAGUGUGAGAUCUAUCAAACCAAGCAGAAUGAUGAUUCCUUGAACGAGUAUUUCACCAGGCAGAAGUUGCUAUGGGAUGAGUUGGGCAUUCUUAGACCCCAGUUGAGCUGCCUUUGCAGCACAAAAUGUGAGUGUGGAAAGAGAAUUGAUGAACUGAAUGAACAAGCAGAGAAGGACAAGCUGUCUAUCUUUCUAAUUGGCUUGCAUGAGAAGUAUACAGGGGCUAGAAAUCAAAUCAUGUUGAUGAGGCCUUUACCUGAUGUUAAUGAAGCAUAUUCUAUGAUUUCCCAACAAGAGAGACAAUUCCACAUGGCCAGCAAUGGUUUUGGAGGCCAAAUAUAUCAAGCAGGAGAAAAUAAUGUUGCUGGCAGCACUCUCUUGGCUAGAUCAGAAGGCAAUUACCAACAAGGGUUCAAGAAAGCUAAUCACAAGAAGCCAGUGUGUACUUACUGUGGGUAUACAGGCCAUACUCAUGAUAAGUGUUACAAAAAGCAUGGGUAUCCCCCAGGAUGGAAAUCAAGGCCAAGAAGUCAGUCUGUUAAUCAAACUCAAGGUCCUCUUGCAGCACAACAACAAUACAACCCUGAAGGUAAUAAGUCUUUUUCCCAAGAAGACUUCAGAAGGUUCAUGGAGUUCAUGCAUGCUAAGAAAUCAGAUGGGGAUUGCUUGAAUUCACAUUUUGAUCACCAGCAGACUUCACAGGCUUUGGCCAAUACUAUGGCAGUAGAUUUCCAAAAGGAAGGUAUGUCUCUUUCAAUCAAUGCUGUUAGAUCAAAUAAGAUUGAUUGGAUCAUUGAUAGUGGUGCCAUACACCACAUUGUGUGUGAUUUAAAGAUGUUGAAAAAUCAGAAAAAGGCUCACAACAUGUAUGUUAAUAUGCCAAAUGGCCAACAAGCUGCUAUUCAGUUCACAGGGAUAGUUUGCUUAUCUGAAAAUCUUGUGUUGCAUAAUGCUCUUUACAUCCCUGAGUUUCACUAUAACUUGGUCUCAGUUGGUGCCUUCAUAAAAGAUUCAAGUUAUGUUGUAAAGAUGUACUCUAACCAGUGUAUUAUACAGGAUGCUUCUCAUGGGAGAAUGAUUGGAAGGGCUGAGCUGAUGAAUGGCUUGUAUUACCUAGUUUUUCCUUGUUUUACACAUCCUCCAAAUCAGAAGGUCAGAAAUUUGAUUGUUGAGUUCUGCAAUCUUGUUGGAAAUCAAUUUGGAGCAGCUAUAAAGUGCAUAAGGACUGACAAUGGUCCUGAGUUUAAUAUGGUAGAACUGUUCAGACAAAGAGGGAUCAUACACCAAACCUCUUGCACACAUACACCUCAACAAAAUGGUAGAGUAGAAAGGAAACAUGGGCACUUAUUAUCCACUGCUAGGGCUUUGAAGUUUCAAGCCAAUUUACCUGACAAAUUCUGGGGUGAGUGUGUGUUGCAUGCUGCAUAUCUAAUUAACAGGCUUCCAUCAGUUGCUAUCAACAAUCAAAUCCCAUACCAAGUUUUACUCAAAAGGACCCCUUCAUACCAACAUCUAAGAGUCUUUGGUUGCUUAGCAUAUGCAACUACUGUUGGACCUAAAUCAAAGCUGGAUGCUAGGGCCAAGAAAUGCAUCUUCCUAGGUUAUGCUAGUGCCAAAAAAGGUUAUAAAGUCUUUGAUCUUGCCUCAAAGGAAUUAUUUAUAUCCAGAGAUGUGAUGUUCCAUGAGCUAGUGUUUCCUUUCCAACAGUCCAACACACCAGAAGCUGGUCAUGGGAUCAUACUACCAUCCAUGACUCCCACACUUCCUGAGGAUUAUGGUGAUCUUCAAGCUCAGCAACAGGAACUUUUGCAUCAGGGUAUAAGUGCAGAAAGUGAGAAUGCUGUCUCUCAACAACAUGGGACACCUGAACAAACACAAGGUGAUUCAGAUAGUCCAGCCAGCAGUAGUGGUGAGCAUCCUUGGCAACCUUCUCAGGAUAUCACCACUGAGCAGCAACCUGGUACUGUUCAGCAACAUACCAAAAGGUCCACCAGGAGUAGACAGGUUCCUACCUAUCUACAUGACUACAUCUAUCAAAAUUCUAAGUUACACACUUCCCCCCAUCAAAUGUGUAAAGUGGUGGAUUACAAUGGAUUGACUCCAUCUUUCCAGUCCUUUGCUAUGAGCAUUUCCUGCCAAUCUGAGCUUAAGAACUAUUAUGAAGCUGCUCAGCAUGAAAGAUGGAGGUCUGCAAUGCAAGAAGAGAUAAGAGCUCUUGAAAACAACAACACUUGGCAAAUGGUGGACUUACCACCCUCUAAAAAGGCCAUUGGCUGCAAAAUGGGUGUAUAA